AUGACGAAUUUAAUUAACUUUACAGGUGUUGCCGCAGCAAACGAACUAUCUCUUUACGCUGGCCAUAAAAGUCUUCCUUUGGUCACUGCAUUUUUUAAAAGUUUCAAUGUGCAAAAUUUUGAUGAAAAACAGAAAAAAAAGGCAAAUCUUGGCACAAUACUUGGAGUGUAUUUGCCCACGUUGCAACACAUUUUUGGUGCAAUAAUGUUUUUACGAUUAUUUUGGAUUGUUGGUAUUAUGGGCAUUGGUCAAUGUAUUUUAAUGACUUUUUUAUGCAUUUUUUGCACUUUCUUGACUUGCAUUAGCUUAAGUGCUGUGGCAACUAACGGAGUGAUUGAAAGUGGUGGUACGUAUUUCAUGAUUUCACGAAAUUUAGGUCCAGAAUUUGGUACUGCAGUUGGUGUAUUAUUUUACAUGGCAAAUGCAUGUGCAUGUGCUAUGUAUAUUGUAGCAGCUGUAGAAAUACUACUCUUAUACAUUGCACCAGAUUUGACAAUUGGUGGUCCAGAAGUUCACGCAGACACUGGCUUUACUGGAAUGAUGUCCGAUAAUUAUCGAAUUUAUGGUAGUGCAAUUUUGUUAUUUAUAUUUGUGGUUGUCGCACUUGGUGUUCGAUUUGUGCAGUUUUUUGCACCGAUAUCUUUAAUUUGUGUGAUCAUCUCGAUAGCAGCAAUUUUUGCUGGUGUUAUCGAGAAAAACAUUAUUACAUCCAGCAACCAUGGAGUUUGUUAUCUUGAUAAGCGAUUACUUCAAGCCGAUGCUUACCUACCAGAUACGUUCUGGACAGGAGAUCCAUGCAGGUACUGUACGUUUCAGAAUCCAAUCCUUUAUAGUGUUAUCUGCUCGAAUAAUAAUACGCUUUCUGCAAUCUGCCAAAAUUAUACUUUAACCUGUGAAGAAGCGUUUCCUGGUGUUCAAAGUGGCCUGUUUCUCGCUAAUUUUGGAAGUAAAUAUAUGAAACAAGGAGAAGCCAUACCAGGACAAUAUGCGAAUCAAAAAUUUGAAGUUUUCCAGGAUAUCACCACCACAUUUUUUGUAUUAAUGGCCAUAUAUUUCCCAAGUGUUACCGGCAUCAUGACUGGUGCUAAUAUGAGUGGAGAUUUGAAAGAUCCGCAGAAAAGCUUACCACAAGGAACAAUUGCUGCUCAACUAACAACAUCCAUUAUUUAUCUUUUACUAAUUUUAGCCUUCGGAUCAACAAUAAGUGGUCCAGUAUUACGUGAUAAGUACGGUAAAAGUUUGGGUAACACUGGUAUGGUAGUGGCGGAAUUAGCUUGGCCAUCACCUUGGGUUAUAAUGAUUGGUGCAUUCACGUCUUGUUUUGGAGCUGCGCUACAGUGUCUUUGUAGUGCUCCACGUUUACUGCAAUCAAUAGCAAAAGAUGAUGUAUUACCAUUUUUACGACCAUUUCAAGUAUUAACUCGAUGGAAUGAGCCUUUUCGUUGCGUAGUACUGACAACUCUAAUCGCUGAAAUGGCAAUAUUAGUAGCAGCUUUAGAUCGAAUCGCACCAAUUGUUGACUUCUUUUUUCUCACUUGCUAUGCAUUUGUUAAUUUGGCCUGCUUUUUGCAUUCUAUCCUUGGAGCUCCUAAUUGGAGGCCGCGUUUUAAAUGCUAUCAUUGGACAUUAUCAUUGGUAGGGACAUUGCUAUGUUUAUUCACAAUGUUUGCAACUCACUGGAUUUACGCUCUCGUUGUUAUCUUUCUAUGUGCUAUAAUUUACAAAUACGUGUCAUGGAAAGGUGAUAAGAAAGAAUGGGGUGAUGGAAUGACCGGUCUGGUUCUCAGUACUGCUCAGUUUUCAUUGUCAAAAUUGGAAGACAAACAACCACAUCCAAAAAAUUGGCGACCACAACUGUUACUUAUAGCUAAUCUUCCAUCGGCUGAAGAUUGGCGUCAGAAAGAGACUACUCGUAAGUUGAUUAGUCUUGCAAGUCAGCUUAAGAAGGGACGGGGAUUAACGGUUGCAGUGGCACUACACGAAGGAAGAUCAACCGAUAAAAAUGCUAAGAUUAUUGCAGCAAAGCUAAAGAAAGAGCUACUAAACGAAAUGGCUUUUGCAAAAGUUCACGGUUUUUGUUCAUCACUUAUUUAUGAAGCUGAUCAACUUCAAGGCACUUUAUCAACUCUUAUACAAAGUUGUGGGAUUGGCCCUUUACGACCGAAUACUUUACUUAUACCGUAUCCUGAAGGUUCACUUGCAGAGAAUUCAUAUUGGUGCUUUCUACAUCGUCUUCAACGAGGUGCAUUGCAUGGUAUGUGCUUAUUGGUACUCAAAGGUGUUUCAUAUUUCCCAGAAAAUGAAUACCGAAUGGCGGGAAAUAUCGAUAUUUGGUGGAUUCUGCAUGAUGGCGGUCUUUUGUUGCUAAUUUCAUUUCUGCUCAAACAACAUAAAGUUUGGCGUAGUUGUCAUUUGCGUAUAUUUGUUGUUGUUGCGCGUGAUGAUAACACAUUACAGAUGAAACACGAUAUGGAAAAAUUUUUGUAUGAAAUGCGGAUUGAUGCAGAUUUAUUUGCACGUUUUUGUAGAUUGAAUUUUAUUUAA